AUGAAGAAAGCGGCUAACACGGAUUUGCUCGUAUAUGGCGAAAGCUUGCCACACCGCUUGCAAGAGGGCGCGUCGCAAAUGCUAGAAAUAGCUCCCUGGUCACCUAUCCCGGUCACUAACACUUAUGUGAGAUUUAACACAACGGGAUCUAACCGAAUUGGAACACCAGCUGGUUCAUUUGUAAUCAGCUUGAGAGUCGUUUGUAUGGAAGCAGCCAUAGUUCGCAUGUGGGGUAUCACAGGAAGCGACGAAGGUGAUAGGAAGAAGCAAUGUGUGAGAGGGAUGCCAGCAAUUGGAUACACUGCAUACAGAGGUCGAACAACUGUUGGAGAUGGCCAGUUGAUUGGUUCAAGGCUUACUCGACGAGGCAUUCAAGGAACCAUAGGACAAGGCAAGCAGGAACUGCUUAGAAGUGCGACUUGGAUGCGAUGGACAAAAAGAGUUGAAGUAACGAACAUGUACGGGGAACGAGAUGGAAUCGCCGCUGAGGGCAAACGCGGAUAA